UAAUACCCAUAAAAUUCCUUUUUUGUCGGACUAAUUUCUGUUCAGAUUUGUACUUAGACUCGCUGGGAAUAAUACACAAAGCAGACAAAUGACAGUGCCAAGAUGUCGAUAUCAAAAUUAUUCGUGAAAGUAUUCAACGAGGAUAUAUUCGAGCAGCUCGAACAGGAUCCCCUGUACUCCGACUUGGACGAUGACUUGGAGGCCAACUGCUCCACGGUGCCGGAAACGAAGCUUGCCAAGCUGUCGGAGCUGUCCGUGACCAAACAGAUGACCAUUGUCCGAAGCUGGCUGGAUGACAAGUUCCAGCAGAUACAGACGGACAGUAACGAAGAGAUCCGGCGCCUGUACAUGGAGACGGAGAACCGCAUUGGCCCGGAUUUGAUCAUAUUCGAUGUAGACUAUACGACCACCGUCCGGGUGUCCUCAGAUCGCCUCGCCCUGCGCUCCCAGGGCAGUUUCAAUACGGUUCGGGCGAAUUGUUGUGUGUACGGCGGCCGAUGGAUGUAUGAGAUCCACCUACACACCAAGGGCGUCAUGCAGAUUGGCUGGGCCUCCAAUUCCUGCCAGUUUAACGAGAAUAGUGGCGUGGGGGAUACCAAGUGGAGCUAUAGUUACGAUGGGAGCAAGCAGCAGAUCUGGCAUAUAUCGACCAAGAAGUAUGGCGACAAAUGGCAGAUCGGCGACGUCAUUGGCGUGACCAUCGAUGUGGAUAGGGAGCUCAUCGAGUACUAUCGCAAUGGACGAUCGAUGGGCGUGGCGUUUAACAAGCUGCAAAAGGGUCCCGGCAUCUCCUUCUUCGCAGCCAUCUCCCUGGGCUACACGCAGGGCAUUGAGGCGAACUUUGGCAACCGUCCGUUCAUGUACCCAGUUGCGGGUUUCCAACCCCUGAUGGCCCGACCCAUCCUUAAGCUGAGAAGGGCCAAUUUGCUGAUGAACUACUUGGUCAACCUGGCUGGGAUCUUCUCAAAGUACAAUGCACAAGCGGCAGCGACGCCCCCGAGUGAAACGGAGGCCAGGGUUUCCACAAAGAAGACGGUUUACUGCAUAUUCGCCACUCUGCUGAUUGAGAAGUUCACUUACGAAAUAUUCGAUUCGUAUAUCAUCGAGGAUGUGCUGCUGAGCAGGAUUUAUGGCAUGACCACUCUGGCGGCGGAGAAGGAGAAUCGCCACAGUGUGCUUCAGGGUCUGCUGUCGCUGUUUUGGAACUACAUGGAGGGCGACGAGAUCAAGUUUGUGUUGCGCAAGCUGGUUAACGGCCUCCUCGGAACCUUUACACAUACGAUACAAGGCCUUAACUUUGAGAAACACCGCCAGGCGCUGGAAAUGCUGCACUGCCUCUGCCUGCACGAGCAGACCCGGAAGUAUCUGCUGGAGCAUAAGCUCUUCAAGAAGCAUUGCAUUGCUUUUUUCCUUUACAUCCACCCCCUGGAGUUCUACAUUAUGGAGGAGCUCCUGCCCGAUAGCAUGGCCUGGACGGAGGGAAUCGAUGGGCCCAAGGAUAAGUACCUAACUGUGGUGGACAAGGUGCGCAAGGUAACGGAGCCGCUUUACGUGGCGCAAAAGGACUUGCUUUCCACACUGCUAAUCAACACGGAUGGCACACCGGAAAGUCCGUCCAGUCGCUCCAUUUUCCUAACCAAAUUGCGACGCUAUGUGUUUGAUCUCAGCAUGGAACAAAGGCCCUUUCACGCAUUCUUCUUCAUGCAGUCGAGCAUCCAGCAUCCUUUGGAUGCUCCAGUGGCUCUCGCCUUUGUCUGCAUUCUAAUUGAUCAGGUCCGAACGAUGUUCAAGGAAGAGAUGCCCAGCAAGAUCGUCGAGGUGAACAGCGAUUAUUUCAUCGAUGGCUCCCUGGAUUAUAUGCACUUUGAUCGCGUCGGAGGUGUGCUGUCCCAUUUGCGCAAGGUACAUCGUGGCGAUAUAGAUGCCCGGCUCGGAGCGGAUCGCACCCAGGAGAUAUAUGAUGAUGAUCGGCAGAAUUUACGGGGUAAUGAAGCGGAUACCACCCUUUACCUGCUGGGCGAAAACAUUAACAAUGUGGCUGUGGUUGGACACGCGCAGGGCGGUAAUAAUACUACCACAUACACUCAUUACCUGAAUCCGCGGGCUAAUGGCCCGCCCGCCGUAAGCACCACGCCGGGCAAUGCAGAUAUGGAAUCUAGUCUUUGCGAGCUUUUGGAUCUCGCCAUAAUUUUCUACUAUUCGGCGGGCCACAAGUACAUUGUGAAAAUCGCUUCGGUAAGGGAUGAGAUUGCGGCUCUGAAUGAGAUGCUUAAGGAGACGAAGUACUACCGCGAGGACAUCGAACGCAAGCUGGUGGCUCUGGAGCAGCAUGCGACUGUCUGCAUGAACGAGAAUCAUCAGCAUGUAAUGGGCGAGCUGCGUUCCAAGUUCAGUCAGCGCCAGAAUGUGUUUGCGACUCGCUCAAUAUCCCUGUCCAGAAAACAAAUAUGGCUUAGAGGCGUUGCACUAAACGGCCACAGAAGAUCUCUGCUCAUCUGGCUACUAGAGCGCAUGCUGCGAACGCUGACGAGUGCUUCCAGCACCGGCUCCUUGUUCUCCUUCGUACCUGAGGUCUAUGUGAAUACAUUGCCCAUACUGCUGGACGCCGUAAUGGACUUUAGCCACCAUGAUUUGAGGACCCAGUUCGAGGCCUCAGACGCCGAGUGCGGUGUCAAUUCCGCCGCAGAGUUUCUGGGCCAACACUCAGCAGAUCCGCGCAUUGUGCUCGCCUCCUGUAAGGACUCACUGCUGCAGGCCUUGGGAACACUCACCUGCCAUAAGUCGGGGGUAAGGGCGCUAGAAAGGACCUCAAAGAGGGCACAGAACGCCCUGGUUCGAGCUCUAUUGCGUCCCUAUGAGAACAGAGCUUGGGGUCAGAGCAACUGGCUGCUGUUGCGCUUUUGGAUGGGCGAGGGAUAUGCUUAUAAGGAUUCACGACUGCCUUCCGUGUGGCAAGGUGGAUCGGUACCAUUGCACCAGGGACUAUGUCGGAGUCGCUCCAAGAACGAGACCCACACUGGAUUGCUGCACAAUGUGGCCCCGGCUAAUCCCUCGAAGCACUUUCAGCGUCUUAUUGGUGCCCGGCUGGUGGAGGACGAGCCCUUCGCCACUGCUUUCCUCAAUUCAGUGCUAAGUCAGCUGAACUGGGCUUUCUCCGAGUUCAUUUUGCUGCUUCAAGAGAUCCAGAACACCGCUCAGCGGCAGGAGAACACUCUUUUUGAGCCCAAACAGCUGAGGAUUUGCUCCAUGUGCUUUGAGCUGACGGUCUCGCUGAUGCGGUGCCUCGAGAUGAUUAUCACAGUGGCACCGGAAGUAGUAACGGACGACUCUCGUCCAAACAGCGAUCUUUUGCUGAAUCGCAUCUGCCAGCUUAUAAGUCAGGUUCUUUCCCGUGUAACAGUGCCGCCGGGUUGCUUCCAGUUUGUGGUGGACAUGUGCUCGGCAGAUCUGAAUGCCGUGACUCACUAUCCAAUUAUCACUGCCGCUUUGGGAAUCCUUUUAGCUCUGAUGCAGGAGGAGCUGGAGAACGAAAUGACGCCUCAGAUUGUGACGAGGGUAUCGCGGGCCUUCCUUACCGAUCCCAGCUUCCAGUUUGCCACUCUGGAGUUUGCCUUGGGCGAGAUACGAACCCCUCUGCUGGAGCAGAAGAACAUUCCCCGAGGCAACUUUGAUCCCUCCGCCAGGCCACACAUCGAUCCGCUGACGAACGAUGUGAGGGUGCCGUUACCGAACAAUUCCAAGCGCAUUCGGGCAGAUCCACCUAUCCUGAAGUUUGCCCUGAAUGACUUUCCUUCCCAUGUGUCCACCGUGGAAGUGGACAAUGUGCGCCGCCUAAUCGAGAGUCUGCGCGUCAAACAGACCCUGCUCUCGGACAUAACACUGCCAUCGGAGGACUCGCUGUGCCCGAUCUGCUGCGCCAAGCCAAUCACCGCAGUGUUCACGCCCUGCCGGCACCAGUCCUGCAGCGACUGCAUUAUGCAGCACAUGAUGAACUCCAAGGUGUGCUUCUACUGCAAGACCACCAUCCAGACCAUCGAGACGCUUGAUGGCACGCUCAUCUACUCUAGCGACGAGGUCGUUCCAUCGCCCGUGCCCGAAAGGGCCUAAGUAAGGGCCAACGCAUCCCACCGAAUGCGAUCGAGGGGAAUGUUUCCUCGAGACCACAACCAAGUCUAGUCACUACGCUUGCUGUGUGUAUAUAUAUUCGUAUAUAUCGUAUUGUUUCGUCAAUUUUAUUUAAGUUUUAUGCAUGCUUGCCAUAAUUAUUAGUUCAGAUGUGAUAUAUGCCAAAGAUGCAAUGUUAAGGAGUGGAAAGAAAGGCACUAGCAGAAAUUAAAUACGAGACAGAUUUCAAAUUGCAAAUAAAUUAAGUAGCACAAUGUUUGAAUCUACCUCCCACUCCCUUUUUGCCUCUAAACCGUUUUGCCACAUUAA